UUUUAUUUAAAUUAUUACCAUAGCCUUAUACACAUUAGAGCUUAAUGCUACGUUUUCGUCGGUUUUAUACUCGCCUCUCAACCUGCAAAGUAUUUUGCGCACAGUUGGUGCAACUAAACUCUCUUGAAUAGAUUGUCAAAGCUACUUCCUGUUAGCAACCAAUCAGCGUCGCCUUAAUGGUUUCCAUGGGGCCGUUGACAACAACCACUGCCUUCGGUCUGCUAGUUAGCUAGCUAAUGACCAAUAACGCGACAUAACAAAUAUAUUGGAAAUGCUUCCUUAUCAUCUGUAAAUUGCUGUUUUCCAGCGUUACCAUCAAGACAAGUAAACCAAAGUUAGAGUGUUUCGUUACAGGCUAGCAAGCGAAGUUCUGCGACGGCGCAAAAAUAGUUUACCGUUAAUCUAACAAAGAGGACGACGAAGGGCCAUUGCAGCAAACGAGAUUUAGAAAUUCCGAAAUGAGUGAACAAUUGAAAUUCAUCAUUGAACAGCUCAACAAAGAACCAUUCAAGAAAAACCUUAACCUCAUCACGUUUGACUCUCUCGAACCAUUGCAGCUGCUGCAGAUUUUAAAUGAUGUUCUGGCUGAAAUAGACCCAAAGCAAGCUCUAAACAUCCGUGAAGAAAUGCCUGAGCAGACUGUAAAGAGAAUGUGUGCUCUGCUGGGGCUGCUGAAAUACAAACCUCCUGGCAGUCUCUCUGAUGUGAGCAACUUCAGGCAGGGUCUGGUGACCGGCAGCAAACCUGUAGUCCACCCUAUCCUUCACUGGCUGCUGCAGAGGGUCCCUGAGCUGAAGAAAAGGGCUUACUUGGCUCACUUUCUGGUUAAGCUGGAGGUGCCUGCAGAAUUUCUGCAGGAUGAUGUCAUCAGUGACACCUCUCACCAGUAUGAAGAGCUGGUUGAAGGCUUUAAGACAUACCACAAGGAGUGUGAACAACUGAGGAAUUCAGGCUUUUCCACAGCCGAAAUCAGAAGGGACAUUAGUGCAAUGGAAGAAGAGAAAUACCAACUAAUCAAAAGCGUGGAGAGGCUGAAGAAGAGGGUGGAGUCACUGUCCAACCAUGAGCGGAUGCUGGAGCAGGCCAGACAGCUGCGAGUGGAAAAGGAGAGAGAGGAGUCGCUGACUCACCAGAAACAAGAACAGAAGAACCAAUUGUUCCAGGCAGAGCAGAGACUGCAGAGAUCACAACAGCAAUUGAAGGAUUUGCGACAGGCAGCAGCAGAUGCCAGUCCAGAGAGCUUAAUUAGGAGGCUGGAAGAGGAGAUCAAGAUCAACUCCUACAUGGUAUCUGAGAAGCUCCCUAAAGAGCUGGAAGGUAUGAGGCGUACAGUGCAAUACCUUCAGGAGGUGGCAUCAGAGCCUGCCAUGGGCCAGACCAACCUCGAAGACCUGGAGGACAAGAUUAAAGACGUUGAUUCUCAGAUAAACCAGCUGAUUGAGAAGAAGAUGAUGAGAAAUGACCCUAUGGAUGACAAGCUGACCCUUUACAGGCAACAGGCCUCCAUAAUCAUUCGAAGGAAGGAGUCUAAGGCACAGGAGCUUCAGGAAGCAAGGGAGGAGCUGGCUGGAGCAGAGAGGGAUCUGAGGCAGAGGAACAGCCAGGCACAAGCCUCAAAUGGGGAAGGGGUCAUCCAGGGUGAUGAGCUGAAACGUUUGGUGGUGAAAUUGCGGGGCAAGGGAACCAUGUACAAGAAGAAACGCCAGGAAAUUGCUGAGCUGAAAGCAGAAUAUGGAGUCCUGCAACGAACAGAGGAGAUUCUCAAGCAAAGACAUGAGCUUGUCCAAGACAAACUGCAAACUGUGGAAGCUGAGAAGGGAAUCUCUGGUUACAGUGACACUCAGGAGGAACUGGAGAAGGUGUCUGCCAUCAAGAGCGAACUAGAUGAGAAGAAGGGCCGCACACUGGAUGACAUGUCUGAAAUGGUGAAGAAAUUAAACUCCAUGAUAGUGGAAAAGAAGUCGGCUCUAGCUCCAGUUAUUAAAGAACUGAGGUCACUGAGACAGAGGUGUCAGGAGCUAAGCCAUGUGUAUGAGGAAAAGAAGGUGCAAUAUGAAAGUUGUGCUGCUGGUCUGGAGAGCAACAGGUCUAAAUUGGAACAGGGGGUGAAAGCAUUGAGAGAGGAGACAGCACAGGAUGAAAACCGAUAUCAUUAUAUCAACUCCAUGUCGGAGAUCUUUGAGAUGCAAAUACAGCGGGCAGCUGAAGAGAUGAAGGCCUAUGUGUCCUCUGAUCCACAAGAGAAGAAGAAGGCCAUCAGGGAAGUGUACAUGAAGAACAUCUUGGAACAGGAGUUACUUGGCAAGAAGUUACGUGAGAAGCAGAAGAUGGUGAGGGAGAGCCACAGUGAAAACAUGGAGCAGAUGAAGAUGUGGCGGGACCUGGAGCAGCUGAUGGAGUGCAAGAGACAGUGUUUCAUACAAACCGAGAGUCAGGCAUCUAUUGGUCAGAUCAUCCAGGAGGGAGGAAAGGACAGGCUUGUGCUGUGAGGACACAUCUAGACAGGGUCAACAGGUCACCAACAGUUCAGUCACUAUACAGAUUUCAGCCUAAUAUUCUGUACCUUCAUGUCUUAAUGCUUUUAUAAUAUAGUUAUAUUAAACUGUUACUGGACAUUCAACAAACGGGUACAAAGUUUGCACAAGGUUUAUUUCAUUGUUAAUAGUGUUCAUUU